AUAAGAUCCAUAUUAUGAAAUUAGAGUAAUGAUUGAUACUUUUUUUUAAUUACAUAAGAUCACGAUUUUUCAAGAAUGUCGCGGCACUUAUUCAUACUUGAUAUUAUAUUCGGGUUCAGAAGUGAUCAAUUUUGAGAAGAAAAAAAAAAUUUCCAUAUGAAACAAAAUGGUGAAAAAUUAAUAUUUUGGCCAGAUCUUAAAAAUUUCAUAAUUAAUUGCAAUAUAAAAUAUCUAAAGAAAAAAAAAAGUCGGAAACUAUUUCGAUAGCAGGAAUCGAUCCCGGACUUUUCGAUUACAAAUUCGAAACAUUAAUGCCUAAUCUAAUCAGGAAUUGAAAAAAUCGCUCAUCGUGGUCCAUCCAACUUGCGUGGAUUUUUAAAAAGUUUUGUAAUGAAAUUUUCCUAGGAUGAAAUUUAUUUAAAUCAUUUAUUUAAUGUUAUUCCUCAUACAGAAAAAACGUGGCUAGGAUUAUUUAAUUUUAAUUUGUAUAUCCGAAAUAGUAAAUGUUAAAAAUAUUAAAUAUUGUGGAAGUUAUCGACAUGGACAAUUUAUUAGAACCAACCACGUUUUUUCUAACUAAUUGUAAAAAUCUAACGUAAGCCUAUUUAUUAAGAUACAUGUCGUUCCAAAAGUGUCGCCCGUUAUACGGCGGAGGACUUAAGACUUGGGCAAAUAUUUUCUAAGAUUUUUUAAACAAAGCCCUUUCCUAUUUAAAAAUAUUUUUGAUGUGAGCUCUCAGGAGUUUCAAUUUACGAAGAUCUGUUUUUCAGUCCUGAAAUAUUUUAAUCAUGGUGUCUAGCGUCCUGGAAAUAAUUGAAAACCUGGAUAAGUGCUUCCAUAUUUUCACCUGGAAAACCCUGGAAAAAUCCUUGAAUUUUGCCCGUGGUCUUGAAAUUUUCAUUCCCCCAAUAUAGUUUAAUUUAGUUCAAAAAGAACUUUUGGUUCAGAGAUUAAACUAGUUUGUAAAGUAUUCGUCUUUUUGUAUUAAUAAUUUAACAAUUUCUUUGACAUUUUUUCUGUUUUUGGUUCAAUAUCUUCUUAUACAUUAAAAAUUCUACUAUUUUGGUUAAAGUUAAAUCAGUUAACAACAAAAUUUCUUUGAGCAUUCAUUUCUUUGUAUGAGCAUUUAACUAUUUUUUAGAAUUUUUUAUUUAUUUAAAAAUAAUUUUUUACCUGACCAAAUUUUUGGUUAAAAUUUCCUCUUUUUUGGUUGCGACGGCAAAGGGUUGAAUGAAGAAAAAAUACAAAAGUGUAUUUUUUUGUGCUGGAAAAGUUGAAAAGUCUUGGCAUUUUUUUCAGAGACGCUAGACACCCUGUUUUAAUCCCAAAUAUUUAAACGUGUUUGAGGAAAUCCAUAUCAAGAGAAUAAUCAAUUUUCUCUCGACCUAGGGAGUGAAAAGGUUGACCUGGUUGUGAAACUCCGGUAAAAGCGAGUCUACUUAAAAUUGUUUCGUUUUAGUGCCUUUAUUGAAGUUUUUCAGCAAGGUAGAAAGUAAAGGCAGUUUUAGGGAGGGAAAAUCGGAUUUCAUGCAGACUUAAGCUUUAGUCCUGCUUUUGUGUAACGGGCUUAAAAAGACACGAUCUUUUGUGUGUCCGAAAAAAUGUUUCAUUUCCUGCUUUGCAUAGACGCGCAUAUCUAGUGGCUCUAGAAACGAACAUACGGACAAAUUUUUAAUUUAUUUUCAAAUUUUAUGUGAAAAAAAAAUAAAUGAAAACUUUUCAAGGUAGCUUGUUUUUAUGUGAUUUUACAAUGUAAUUUAUGAAGAGGGGUCUACAACUUGAAGUCACAGAAAUAACCUAGAAAUCAUUAUAGUUUCGGUAAUCACCCGAAGUCAGAUAUUGUUUGAGCAUGUUAAAGUGACUCUGAAGUUAGCUGCGGAGCGCAGCUAGGCUUUCACAUCCUGUUGCAGAGAUUCCGUUGCGGAAAUCCCUGAUACGGAAAUCCUCGUUGCCGAAAUCCCUGAUUCGGAGAUUCCUAUCCGGAGGGAUUCCCGUUGCGGACAUGCCUGGUACGGAGAUCCCUCAUGCGAAGAUCCCCUUUCUGAAAAUCCCUGACGCAGAGAUUCCCGUUGUGGAGAUCAAUGAUGCGGAGAUCCCCGUUACAGAAACCCUUGAUUAGGAGAACCCUGACGCAGAGAUCCCCGUUGCAGAAAUACCUGGGACGGAGAUCCCUCAUGCGGAGAUGCCCGCUGCGGAAAUCCCUGAUACGGAAAUCCCCGUUGCGAAGAUCCCUGAUGCGGAGAUCCCCAUUGCAAAGAUCCCCGUUACUGAGAUGCCGUUACGGAGAUCCCUGUUCCGGAAAUCCAUGAUGCAGAGAUCCCCGUUAAGGAGAUCAAUGAUGCGGAGAUCCCCGUUGCAGAAAUAUCUGGGACGGAGAUCCCUCAUGCGAAGAUGCCCGCUGGGGAAAUCCCUGAUGUGGAAAUCCCCGUUGCGAAGAUCCCUGAUACGGAGAUCCCCGUUGCAAAGAUCCUCGUUACUGAGAUCCCUGUUCCGGAAAUCCCUGAUGCAGAGAUCCCCGUUAAGGAGAUCAAUGAUGCGGAGAUCCCCGUUGCAGAAAUAUCUGGGACGGAGAUUCCUCAUGCGGAAAUCCCUGAUACGGAAAUCCCCGUUGCGAAGAUCCGUGAUGCGGAGAUCCCCGUUGCAAAGAUCUCCGUUACUGAGAUGCCGCUACGAAGAUCCCUGUUCCGGAAAUCCCUGAUGCAGAGAUCCCCGUUGUGGAGAUCAAUGAUGCGGAGAUCCCCGUUACAGAAACCCUUGAUUCGGAGAACCCUGACGCAGAGAUCCCCGUUGCAGAAAUAUCUGGGACGGAGAUCCCUCAUGCGGAGAUGCCCGCUGCGGAAAUCCCUGAUACGGAAAUCCCCGAUACGGAAAUCCCCGUUGCGAAGAUCCCUGAUGCGGAGAUCCCCGUUGCAAAGAUCCUCGUUACUGAGAUGCCGCUACGGAGAUCCCUGAUGCAGAGAUCCCCGUUGUGGAGAUCAAUGAUGCGGAGAUCCCCGUUACAGAAACCCUUGAUUCGGAGAACCCUGACGCAGAGAUCCCCGUUGCAGAAAUAUCUGGGACGGAGAUCCCUCAUGCGGAGAUGCCCGCCGCGGAAAUCCCUGAUACGGAAAUCCCCGUUGCGAAGAUCCCUGAUGCGGAGAUCCCCGUUGCAAAGAUCCCCGUUACUGAGAUGCCGCUACGGAGAUCCCUGUUCCGGAAAUCCCUGAUGCAGAGAUCCCCGUUGUGGAGAUCAAUGAUGCGGAGAUCCCCGUUACAGAAACCCUUGAUUCGGAGAACCCUGACGCAGAGAUCCCCGUUACAGAAAUAUCUGGGACGGAGAUCCCUCAUGCGGAGAUGCCCGCUGCGGAAAUCCCUGAUACGGAAAUCCCCGUUGCGAAGAUCCCUGAUGCGGAGAUCUCCAUUGUGGAACUUCAAAAUUCUCAUAAUUUGAAUGAUUACUCACUUAAAGAUUUGGGUUGUCGACACCUCAGCCUUUUUAAACAGUUCCAUAUUACUUUAAAAAAUUCAUUUUUGUUUUAAGAUUAUUAGCAUCAAAUUCAGUAAACUGUUUACUUGUGAUAAAAGAACAUUGGUAUUUUUGCUAAUAAAAUGUAUGAUUAUACUCUUAGUUCUAUUUUUAUGGUUGAUUAGAUUAGCGCUUAGAUGGACCAAUAUUAUUGUUAAUAAUUUUAUUUUAUAGAAUUACUUACUGUACUAAUAUCUCCGAAAGAAUCCGUAAAGUUUUUUACGUGAUUGGUCGUCAUUCCAUAAUUUAAAAGAAAAGUUACUCGAUAGAAAUGGUAUCAAAAGUUUUACAAAGAGGGAACUUUACUUUUUUAGUGAAAUUUAUCUCAUUUGACACCAAUUUUGUUACUGUUGUCCUUGGCUGUGGUUCUUUAAGGCUCAAAAAAUAAUAUUAACUUUAAUUUCCAUGACAUUAUUAUAAAAAAAUGUAUACAUUAAUUAAGUCUGUCCUUUUAUUUCAUAAAUAAAUAUUUCCAGGUGCUUUUUGGGAAGAGAAACUGAUAUCAUUGUAUUAUGAUUUUUUGUUUUCAUUGUCUCAGUUACAGUCCAUAAUUAUUUAUAGUUUCUUUUUACUUCGGUUUUAUCCACUUCAAAAUUGAAAACAUCAUUUUAGUGCAUGAUACAAUUUUUUAAAGAAUGUAUAAAAGCAGGCUUUUCUGAAAAUUUAGUUCAUUGAGCAUUUAAUAAAUAAAUUCUGUAAAUAAAUUUUAUUAUUAAUUAUUAAUUAAUUAAUUGGAAGAUGGUCAGUAACUGAGUCAGUGGACGAAAUUGAAAAACAAUUGUUUGGAAUUUCAUAUAUGUGAUUGUUAGAAAUGCUUAAAAGAUGAGUCACUUUGGUAAUUAUGGUUAUUAGGCGAUAUCAGCAACAAAUAAUUGAACUACGCUGUAGACUUCGCAGAAAAUGUUGAUAUCGAUUUCAAACGUACCUGUGUAUUGGGGUGUCCUAAAAAAACAUUUUUUUUUAUCACGCUCCCCAAAGUUGUUUUAUUUGGUUACAAAAUUAAUGAGGCCUCUUUUGAGAAGACGGUCAGGUUAAGGUGGGUUCCAAACCACCAAAAACCCGGUAAAAGUACACAGAAAAUUUUCCAUUGGUACCGGCACAGGAAUUGAACCCCCGGCCUUCUGCUGGGAAGCCUGGCAUAUUAUCACCUGAGCCGAUUUGAAUAUUAAAAAAAUACAUAUUUCUUUUCUUACCAAAUGAAAUAACAUGAAAAAAAAACAUUGAAUUUUCUUAGGACACCCUGCUGUGUAUUUCUCGGUUGUAUAUUGAAUUAGCUAUAAAUUACGACCGACGCUUAAUGAAAUUUCCCUCCGUGUGACUACCUGCUGAGCGAACCCGUAUGCCAUGUACCUGUAUCUUACCUAUAUUUUUCUAGACAAAAUACUAUAGCGCAGAAUGAUUAUCAACCUAUCUGAAAUAAGGGAAAAAAAUGUUUUCUAGCUGCGUUGAAAAAAUGGUUCAGGAAAUUUAGAGGGUCGAGAAUUUUACAUUUCUGCCAUAAAUAUAAUCAGGAAGUCGUGUAUGUUAAAAAGCAAUGAAUUGAUCUCAUUGGAUGUUACAAUUUUUAUCCUUCACUAGUACUAAUAAUAUUUUCCCGGUUUUAAAUUAAAUACUCUUGACCGGGGAGACUAUAUAUCAAGACUUUAAUGUUAUAUUUCGAUACUUGUGGCUGAAUAGUAAACAUGGAGAGAAUUUUGCUCACAGUUGAAAAAAUUUUUCUCACUGACGGCAACAUUUUGCUCACCAGUCACAGCAUUUUGCUCACCAGUGCAAAAAUUUUGCUCAUGAACUUGGUGAUUUUCUCAUCACCUUCGCGUAAGAUGCGGAAUCGAUUAUUUUGGAUAGCUUUAAAGAGUGGCCAAACAAGGCUUUUGCAUGUAUGUGUAAAGAAAAAGGAACCUGGGUAAAUUUUAAUUUGAUGAAAAUUUUGGAACAUCCACUGAGAGCGGAUAUAAUGUAGUGAUUAACAGACCCCUUUCCUAAAUGGAAAUGUAAGAGCGAUCGUGAACAAACUGCAAAAUUGGGGUUCAAUAAAUGUAUUUAAAUAAAACUCGUAACCUA